AUGUUGUUCUCUACGUUCUCGUUGAGUACCCUGGCCGAUGCUCCCACAACUGGUGCCCCCAAACUCCAGCGAUCAAGCAAGGGGGCCCUUGUACUGCCCAAAUCAGGGCUCGACCCACGCAGUCUGAAUUCAGAAAUUCACAUCACACAUUUGGCAUAUAACAGUGAGCAGAGGGAACAAGUAAGCAUGCUGUACGCCCUGUACCGGACCUCCCCAGGCCAAACACCCCUCACCGAUCACAUCUUCGAUGGCAAGAGUUUAGAUGACCAAAUACGCGCUGCAGACAUUCUUGAAACAACCGGAUUGGAUGCUAAUGCAUACCAGAGCUUGUCAAAUCGAUGGUCACUCCGCUGGAGUCGUGCAACUGGAUCAACAAUCAAGACGUGUCGCAUUCUGUAUCAAUGCACGUUGGGAUAUGAUCAUACGCAGCGAUCCACAAAAGCAGCCAAUGAAGUCAAGAGAACCAUACCAACAAAAUACACUGGGUGCCUUGCUCAUGUCAAGCUGACGGUGCGCACAUUUGUCACAGGUGAUCAUAUUCUACGGAUCCGUGGUCACUUGCAACAUAAUCAGGAAUGUUCGAACAGCCCAUUUGAGCGCAAACCUUGUAUCCCUCUCCAUCCUGAUGUGUUUGAGGUUGCUUUGAAGCAGUUGAAUGACGGCUCAACUAUUGCCGAUAUCAGACGCAAGAACCUCGAGAUGUGCAAAGCGGCAGCUUACCAACACUUCCCUACCAAUCUACAAUCCUCUCCCUUCCGAUGGGUCUUUCAGGCCUCAGAUUCUUGCUCUUUAUAUUGCAAACAUCAUCGCACAAAGGGUGUCGCUGUUAUUGAGGCACCCAAGAUGAACAUCAACAACUGGCUUGAUCCCGACUCGGAAAACUAUGAUGGUCAACUUGCUAAAUCCAUCUUCCACUACUCAGCCCGUUCUGCGCUAGGAGACCGUUUCGAGGUCUGCAUUGCUACACAGGAAAUGAAUGAGGCAGCAUGGCAGUACGGACACAAGAAGCAGAUCAUCCUCGAUGGUACCUUUGGUAUAUGCGACAAGCAGCUGCUUCUGUUCAUUGUGAUGGUUGUGGACCAUGAUAAAAAGGGUGUUCCUGUCGCAUUCAUGAUGUUCUCUGCCCCAGCCGGUAAUAAGCAGUCAUCAUUGGGAUAUGACAGUGAGAUACUCACUAAGCUCCUACACACAUGGAGAGACUCGCUGAAUGCUAAAAAGCCCCCUGGUGCCUCCUUAUUCACUCCCGUAUCUGCAAUCACCGAUACAGACCUGAAGGAGCGUGCAGCACUUGCGGCAGUCUUUAGCGGCAUCUUCUUGCUGAUCUGUCGUUUUCACCUACGGCAGUCAUGGAGAAACCAUCGCAACAGAGUACUGAAGGGAAAGCGUACAGAAUGGAUGGAUUUGAAGAAGCGAAUGAUGACACUUGAGGCGGCGCUACCAAAGACAGAGCAGCUUGUUGAUGCUCGGGGUCUGAUUCUACACGAGCGCAGACUCCUCGAGGCCGCUCUAGAAGAGUCUCCAGAAUCCUCGCAUGCAAUCUCAAAAGCAAUUACACACCUGGAUUAUCUUGACAACUACUGGCUAUCCGAGAACCUCUGGGAAAGUUGGUCUAAUCACAACCGCCGCGCCGUAGCAAACAUCUUGCUAUGCAAGAUCGAAGGUGUGAUACCUACAACCAAUCAUCUGGAAUCGUUCAACGGAGUCCUGAAGCAAACACACCUAAAGCACUGGCAGCACAGUGGCCGCCGUUUGCGUGUUGAUGUUCUUCUCAAUGUGUUGGUCCUCCACAUCCUUCCCUCGAUCUUCGAACAAAGGCAGAUGUACAAGGAUCAAAAUAACCACAUUGCAGCCCUCAUCCAACUGCUCCCAGGUGGGGCUUCUCUCCUAGAGGACGAUGAGCCUCCUCAAUCAGGAUUUUGUGCGCCAAAAGUAGCAUACCUGACUCCCGAUGUGCAACGCAAUGUCGAAGCACAGGCUCUGUUGGAUGCAGGUCAAGUGGAUGCCCCAACCGCGCUGCCAGGAAAUGUUGGACUGCUUCUUGCCUGCUACUCCUCCCACUCGCUUUCCGUUGAAAAGAAUCCCACUAUUUACAGCGUCCGGGUCGGCUUCAAUGGAGUCGUUUCCUGUUCGUGUCUCGAUUUCAGCUCCCAAGGGGGUGCCUGUAAACAUAUACGGGCUGCACUGCUUUUGAUCGCAGAACUUUGCAGCACAAGGGGGAUGUCUAUCCCAAAUAUCCCUAUCCCAAAAUCAGCCAACGAUGCGCUCAUUCUGCAACAAAGAGAAGUCCUUAUGAUCAAGAUUCGGUUGCCCAUAGCAUGGGCUGUCAAAGAAGUUGAACGGCUCUCUGGAGGCUCCAGAGGAGAUGUCAGCACGGAGGAAAAUGAGGAGGAGGAUGAAAACAAUGACAACACUCGUAGCGUGGGGACUAAUGAAUCUUCGGAUUCCGAGAUCGAGCACAGCCUAGAUUGGGACUCCAAUUUUGACUCUCCCCGUGCGACACAAAAUCAGAGGGCACUGAGUGAGCAGAGGUUGGCGAAGAGCCUGUACAGUCUGGAUGCUGUUGGGAAGAGUAGCCUCGAGGUCAUCUGUCACAAACUGGCCAGUUGUGUGACAGGUGCUAGUGCGGGUCAACUUGAGAUGAUACACCAGAAUCUAACCUGA